UCGCCGUCAUCACAAUCCAAGAUGGCGCGGAGCGCGGUUUAUGAGAAAACAAAAAUGGCGCUCCGUAACACCGACUACGCCAACUACCCUGCUGCGAGUAUCACCGAAACCUUCACGCCUCAGCUUGACACGACUUGGUCGUCAUUUCAUGCGUAAAAGGUAUCGAGUUCGAUUACUUAACCUCAACGAUGUCGAAGAAGGACUUGCGAACGAUCGACAGGGACAAGUGCCGCGCCAAGUCGGAAAACCAACUUCGCGCCGUCUACGAUCUCUGCCUUUAUAAAAGCGACCUGCUACGCGCAAAAGGCGACUCGGACGACGCACUGGAAGAAAUCACCGAGGCCCUUUCACUCUGUGACCAGAUCCCCGACUCCGAGCUGGACCGGGCACUCGCGUACCGCAAGAUGGGCGAAUGCCUCGUCGACCUUCAGCGCUACGACGACGCCAAGCGGCAUCUCAAACAGUACCUGGAUAUCGCCAAGUCGGCGGACUCGGUGCUCGAGCAGCAGCGGGCGUGGGCCACGCUCGCCCGCUGCUACUUCGUCCACCUCCAAGAUGGCAUGUCCGCUACAGGCAGCAAGGCCACCGAACUCCGACGCAAGGCACUCAACGCCAACCUCCGCUCGCUGCAGCUCGUCGAGAAGCUCACCGACGCGGUAAGCGAGCGGGAGCGCGCCGAGAUGACCGGCAGAAUCUUCCUCAACCUUGCUCUCCUGCGCGAAUCGGACGAAGACGAAGCGGCCAUGGAGUCAUACCAGAAGGCCCUGUACAUCUUCACCAAGCACAAGCUCCACGAAGAUCUCUGCCGCUGCCUCAACUCGCUCUCCAACGCGCACCUGCGGAUGGGCAACGAUACAGAAGCCCUCGUCAUCGCCGGUCGCCUGCUCGACUUGGGCCGCCAGUUGAAGCGACCCGACGUCAAGUGCGACGCGCAGUUUCUUCGCGGCGCCGCCUUGAUACACACAGGAGACUGGGAAGCGGCCAGGUCCGCCUUCAAACGUGCCCACAGACAGAAGCUUCCCGCCGAGGAAGACAGAGCCCGCGCCCGGAGGUACCUGAAGCUAAGCUGCGUCCUGCGAGGGUGUGAGCUCAAGCUGCGCGACGAAGCAGACCCCGCCAAGCGGUCGGAAGUCUUCGAGAAACUCGGCGACGUCCUGUCGAAGUGCGGGCUGUACAGGCCUGCGCUGAAGCAGUACGUAAACGCGGCCGAUGAAGCCACCAGGGCCGGAGCGUCCAACAGGAAGAUGGGGGAGCUGUAUGCGUCAUUGGCAGAGACGUGCAAGGACGUCGGCGACUUUGACUCGGCGUUAACCUACUACCAGAAGGAGCUCACCUACAGAGACGACGAUCCAAAGGAAGCCGCUCUCACCCAUCUCAACGUGGCCAGGGUCCUGUUGAAGAAGGGCAAGAAGGGUGAGCAGGUGGAUGUACGACGCGCGCUGGUGCAAGCCGUUGAGUUGUCGCGGAAGGCCGGGAAGCCGUCCCUCGAGUUGGAGUGCCUCGAAGAGCUCGGAAACAUUGAAGGGGGUAUUCGAGACCCAGAGCUGGGAUCCCGGCUAAGAGAGCUGCAGAGUCGUAACAUCGACACUCAGACGAGCGGCAGCGAUGGGGAGUCGGAUCUGUCGGACGUCCAGCUCGACGACAUCUCCGACACGGACGAGAGCGAUCCGGAGUUUCAGGACACGGUACGGCGGCUGUGCAAGCGGGUCGAAGACAAGCGGAAUAACAAGGGCGAGUCUCCGUUGCAUCGGGCAUGCAUUGAGGGCAAGCCGGAUCGGGUGCAGAACCUCCUCAAGAUGGGACACUCGGUCAACGUGCGCGACCACGCGGGCUGGCAGCCACUGCACGAGGCCGCCAACCACGGCUACCUCAAGAUCGUCCAAAUGCUGGUGGAGGCCGGAGCGAAGGUGAACGAUCCGGGAGGGGCCGAGUGCUCUCGGCUCACGCCGCUUCACGACGCCGCUGGAAACGGACACGCCGAGGUGAUACUCUACCUCCUCGAGAGAGGAGCCAACGCUGCGGCGAAGAGCAUCCACGGGAAAACGCCGCUGGACUGUCUGCGCGAAUGGAUAAGUGAGAAUUCCUCCGAACUAGACGAUUCUGCACGUCGCCGAGUUGAAGAAGCGAAGUUGCGUCUCAAGGAGAGGUGCUCGAAUUGUGAGGAAUCCACGAGCAGCGUUACACCGUCUUGUUCGGUGUUUAGGACAGACACAAGUGGGCGCGCGGAAGAUGACAGACCUACGAAAAAAUCAGAUUCUGAGCCAAAACAACCGUCCGGAUGGGUGUAUGAAGAGGACUAUGUAUGGCUCGAGGACGACCUAGCCAAGCCUGCGGCCAAGCCGAGACACCUUGCCCAAACUACACUUCCAGUAACGCGGAAGAAACGAAGUCGUUCCUCGAGCCACUUUCCUCAACCCAAGUAUACAAAGAGCAUGCGAUACAACAAAGACGACGAUGUCGGCAUUGUGGUGCCCUCCGAAGACCACAGCCAAGGAAACUCCGACCACGAAGAAGACUCUCGCUCGCAUUCUCCACUUGAGAGGUCAGCAAUGGUUCAACCCCAACCUUCUAUGAUCCCAGCUUCCUCAUCACUCCGUGUCCGUAUCGAAGACAAGCCAUUCUUCAUCCCGAUUCCGCUUGGAAUGGCCGCCAAGAAAACGAUCCAGUGGCUGGCCACCGAAGCAGCCGAGCGGUACCUCCACCUCGUUGGUGUGAAACCAGUGUUGCGGCUGACCCUGUCGGAUGGCGCAUUGCUCGGGCCUUCAGACACCCUGGACUGCCUCUUCCACCUUCCCUCCACUGAAAUUGUCGGCGAAGUCGACUCAUGGGACAUGCCUGCCCUUCCGGAUCGCUAUGUCGGCGAAUGUAAUCGCAAGGGUGUGCCUCCUUGCUCAAACCUUCUGCCCGUCCUCCGGGACUGCGAAGCUCGGCGGGACUUUUCGCUGCGGUUUUCAAACGGAGUUCGUCACCUCGACCUCGUGUUCCGUGCCCUGCGGCACCAGCCACUUCUCGGCACGUUUGACAUCUCCGGAACUGCGCUGAGCCCGACUUCGGUCCUAGCCCUGGCAGCCUGCCUCCCGACCUUAGAGUCGCUGAACUGUCUCGUCCUGCGGUGCACUUGCCUCGUCCCCGACUACGUCAAGAUUUUGUCAGACGCGCUCCAGAGAUCCAAGUCCAAACUUGCGUUGACCGAGCUAGACCUGAGCUACAAUCCGAUUGGCAGAGACGGAAUGUCGCCGCUGGCCCAGCUGCUUUCCGACUGUCCCAAACUCAAGAUUCUUCGGCUAGAUGCCUGCAAAAUUGCCGACCCAGGGCUCGUGCUGCAAGGGGUCAGCACCCUGGAACGACUCUACGUGAGCCACAACCCACUUGACCGGUCAGGACUCGAGUCCUUGGCGGCGGUCUUCGGGUCCAACCGCCUCAAGGUCCUUGACAUUGCUAACAGCUUUCCGGCCGUCGGCUCCGGCUUGGGUCGGCUCGUUGGGGGCGUCUUUUCGAGGCCGGAUUGCUGUCUUACCGAGGCGAGGCUCAGCUGUUGUAAUCUGGUGGAUGACGACCUUGAAUAUCUCUUCUGCGUGCCUUCCGGGACGUUGACCAAGCUAGACUUGACCGGAAAUCCGGGACUGACUUACGCUGCCGUGAACGAGCUGUCGUCGAAGCUUGUUAACGUUCGGAUAGCGGCGGACAGCUGCAAGUGAUGUGACCUGACAUCCCGUUAUUGCGGAAAUUACGUCGAGUUGGUGUUAAGUUAUCUAGCCUAAAUUGAUGGAAACUAGUUUUCUCUUUAAUGUGUGUACAUGAGUGCAUAUCGUCUUGCGAUGUGUUGUUUAGAUGUUUAAUUCUGACGUUUGUUUUCUUAUUACCAUUGACAAUGUGCCAUAUAAUGUGCUGCAUACCAUUUACACCUUUAUAUGUAUUUAAAUAAACUAGACUUUUGAAGAAA